AUGACUGCUCAUUUUGAGGUAGCUACCCCAACGUACAACCCAGCCGAGUCACCGCCUCUCCGUGGAUCGACUGCAUUGGGACUACCUGAUCCUCCUCCUAGACUCUCUACGUUCUCACACCUCGACCUGAACGACGCUGGUGAGAGUAAACACACUGUUGGGUGUUCAGUGGGGAUGCUCGUGUUGCUCUCCUUACCACGGAUGGCUACCAAUAUGGCUUGGUCGGCGCAAUGGGCCGCUCUGGGCCCGUACCUCGGUACAAUGCUGCCACCGUUUGCGGUGCAGCUCACACAACUGAUCGGUCCGCUCUCCGGUAUCCUCGUAGCACCGACAAUUGGUGUCUUGAGUGAUCGCAGCUUGAAUAAGUGGGGACGUCGUCGCCCGUAUUUGGUCUACGGAGCGGUAACAAGUGCAGCGUGUUGGGUGCUCAUGGGAAACACACGCGAGCUGGGGGAGCUACUGGGUGACUCGGGCGAUAAUCGUCCAUGGACUGCAUGGCUCACGAUCCUGUUCUACACAUGGAUGGAUAUCACUGUGAAUGUGGUCCAAACGCCAGCAUUCCUCAUCAUCAGUGACUUCGCUGGAGACCGACAGACUCUUGGAGCUAGUAUCGGACAGGCCAGCUCGACACUGGGCUCUAUUUGGGUGGCUGGCUACAUCUACAUGUUCGGUGCUGCCCAUUUAACGCUGCGUUGGUUUCUCGGCAUGCUCUCAGUGACCAUGCUGGCUUCUGUGGGUGCUGUGUGCGUGUUUGCCAGAGAGGAAGCGCCAGUUUCAAAGGACUUGGAGUUGGGACCAGACGAAGAAGUUCCUAGCGCAAUGAAGCGGAUAGGAGAAGCCUUCUCCUCCAUUUUCUACGGCUUGAAGACGUUGCCUCGCACGCUGACUAUCUACUGUGUAGUGUUCUUCUGUAUCCAGUUUGGAUUUACAGCCUACAAUGGCAGCAAGGGACAGUUCUUCGGUAUCGAGGUUUACGGCGGUAACUCAACCGAUGCAGACGUUUGCGGGCCUGAUGAGUGUACAGGGAGUCAAGAACGCUACAACGACGGCGUACAGAUGGCUGGAGGUCUCGCGGACUUGCUGUUUAAUGUGUUCGGAUACUUGUACUCGUGGGUGCUUCCGUUCCUGGUCUAUCGUGUUGGUACGCGUUGGGUCAUCACUGUCGCGUGCAUCCCACAGGCACUGCUGAUGGUCAUGGCUUUCACGAAAGUUGUCGCUGUGGACGUGACGAUUGUUGUCCUGACUGCCAUCACACAGGCCACCGUCUUCGCACUCAUCGUGCCUAUCAUCGUGCACGUCUUCGGUACCUCUGCGCAUGUUGGAAUGUAUGUUGGUGCCGUGAACUCAGCCAAUUGUGUAGGCCAGUUAGUCAAUUUCUUGAUUGGCGCAGCGCUCGUGGAGACGUCGCUCGGAUACGCUUUGCCGGUGUUUGCGGGAGGCGCAUUCUCGUUUGUAGGUGCACUGAUAAGUCUCGUUUUGCUACGGAUUGAUAUGCACUUCAUGUAA